CAUCUCCGUACCAUCAAUACCGCAAAGAUGUCGUCGGCUGCACUCAACAAGAUCGCGCCAAACAGCCCCUCGAGGCAAUCGCCUUCCGAGAUCGAGACCUCAAUCGCAAAUGCCCUGUACGAUCUCGAGACGAACAUCCCGGACAUGAAGUCUGCGUUGCGUCCUCUCCAAUUCGUGUCUGCUCGCGAGAUUGAGGUCGGACAUGGUCGCAAGGCUAUCGUCAUCUUUGUUCCGGUCCCCUUGCUCCCAGGCUGGCACAAGGUGCAGCAGCGUCUCACUCGCGAACUUGAGAAGAAGUUCUCUGAUCGCCAUGUUCUCAUCAUUGCCUCUCGCCGCAUUCUCCCCCGACCGAAGCGCUCAAACCGCUCGCGCAACUUGCAAAAGCAGAAGCGGCCCCGAUCACGUACUCUUACCGCUGUUCACGACGCUAUUCUACACGAUCUCGUCUACCCGGUUGAGAUUGUCGGCAAGCGUCUGCGAACCAAGGAGAACGGCGAGAAGGUACUUAAAAUCGUGCUUGAUGAAAAGGAGAGGGGUGGUGUCGACUACAGACUCGACACAUACUCUGAGGUCUACAAGCGAUUGACGGGCAAGGGUGUCAACUUCGAGUUUCCACAGAGUGGUGCUGCCGAGUACUAGUUUGUAUCAGUAGCCGUGGAGCUUUGACAUUAGUGGCGCUAUCUAUGGUCAUAGCUGCGAAAAUUGCAUUUGUGCUGUAGUCCUGCGGGAGCGCACAUAGACACGGCGCCAAGGCGCAUGAAAAUGGCAUGGUUGCAUGAAAAAUUUCUAGACUUUCCCUCUCGACUGCUCUCUGAUUCCUGUUCAGCUCCAAUAAUCGCAGUCGCAAAUAGCAAUUCAUAUCAUGACAUGUCAGAGGUGUUUAUGCUUAACUAUAUGCUCGCCUGAAUGAUUUCCGGUUGAUCAUCUUCUGCUCAAUAUACCAAGUCCAACUUUGC